AUGGUGACUAUUCGAAGCAAACGUCUGAAUAAAUUUAAUUUGAUUAAAGUUAGUUAGGAGUUUGUGAAGGACUUACAAUUGAUCUCCUUUAUCUCCUUCUUUUUUCUAUCUGAUUAUUGGUUUCUUAUUAAUGAUUAUCCUAUAAACUUUUACUUUUUAUUUUUUCUUAAUCUUCUAUUUAAGCUAUGUCUUAUUGAUAAUUUUAUUCUUCAUUUUCUUCGUUUUAAUAUUAUAGAAAUAGUUUAUCAAAAUCUAUUUUAUUUACUAUUGGUGGUAAUGAUGGUAGUAAUUAUGUAGCUUAUCUCUUCUCUUAAGGAGAACAGUUUUACUAAGAUGAUUUGCCAUAAUCUUACAUUUCUAGAUUCUUCUCAACAUCUUCAUUGA